AUGCAAAAAGAUUUAAAAUUCAACCACGAGGUUCUCUUUUUGCCUGCUGAUACAAAUUUUGAACUGUUGACUCCUAAGUUUGAGAACAGCGAUGUUCCUACUUUCUACUGUCGAUAUAAGUUUGCAGGCAAAAAAGUUAUUCCUCUGAUGAAUUUAGAAGCAGGCUGCAUUAGUGAACCCGAAAAUGUAUAUUCUGAAUCUAGAAAUGUAAAAGAGUCAAGGCCUAUUAUUGAAAAAGUUAAGCCAGUAAAUGGAUGGAAAUCAGUGGAUAGUACACCUAUGAAAGAAAAAGAGCUAUACUGUGCUACUCCAUCGGGUACACCAAUGCAUCCUAAAGUCUUAAUUAGGAGAUUAGACAAAAGAGUUCUUGAAAACCAACAUAAUGGUGCAAGAAUACUAAUUGCUGGUUCAAAAACUGAAUCUGUGGAAGCUAUAACUGCCAAAUUCCGGAAUGGCAUUUCUUUGAAUUCUCAUCUUAAUGAACAGAAUCAUACGGAGAAACUUUGUAGGGACCAUGCUAUAAACAACUGUUUUAAUACACCAAGUAGACUGCCGAAAAUAAAUGGUAUUAUUUCUACUCCAAACUCUAAGAGGGAAAAAUUAGAAACACCAUUGAGUAAAAGGCAAGCAAGAUCAAGGAGAAAAACAAUAUCAUAUAGUAAAGACUGUGUAGAACCUGUAGAGGAAUCUGGUAAAUUAUAUACACCAAAGAAGGAGAGGAAACCUAAUGGCACGUGUUCCAGUAAGUUAUGUACGCCGAAAAAAGAAUUAAAAACAGUUGAAAAGCCUUCUAGCAAAUUAUGUACACCAAAUAAAAAAAAGAAAGAAGAAAAGUCACCAGGCCCCUCUCCUAAAAAGUUAUUUAAACCUUCAAUGAAUGAUUUUGAUGAUGCUUUUUCCGAUAGGGAAUAUAGUGUCACACGAUCUGGUAGAAAAGUGAAAUCUAUCAACUAUUAUGAAGAGAAAAGGGAAUAUAGUGCUUUUGCAAGCCCAAAACUUAGUGAUAAGUUUUCAAAACUACUAUCAUUAAAUGAUUCAGAUAGUGAUGAGAGUGAUUUUCACUCGAUCGACUCUUCCUCAUCAGAUGAUUCAAUCACCGACUCUGUGCCACUAGAUAAGAAAAAGUCCAGAUCAAGACAAAGUGUCAAGAGGCCUUCUUCUGUUAGGAAAAAAGACAGAAAUUUGAACAUACCUGAAAGAAAGACUCCUCUAAAAACUCCUCAAAAUGUUCUGGAAGAAUCUCGUCAGAGGCUUCACGUAUCUGCUGUGCCAAAGUCUUUGCCCUGUCGGGAAGAAGAAUACUCUGAUAUUUAUACAUUUGUUAAAGGAUGUUUGUGUGCUCAAACUGGAGGGUGCAUGUACAUAUCAGGUGUACCUGGAACUGGAAAAACUGCUACUGUUCAUGAAGUGGUGAGAAAUCUUGAGGAAGAGAAAGAAACUGGAGAAAUUCCAGUGUUUUCAUUUGUAGAAGUCAAUGGGAUGUGGAUGACUGAUCCUUAUCAAUGUUAUGUACAUAUAUUUAAGUCUUUGACUGGGAAAACUAUUGCCCCACAGCAAGCAGCCAGUCUUCUUGAGAAACAUUUUACUGAACCAGGACCUAAAAAAGAUGCAGUUGUGCUACUUGUGGAUGAGUUAGAUCGCUUAUGGACCAGGAAGCAGACUGUUAUGUACAACAUUUUUGAUUGGCCAACAAAGAAGCAUUCUAAACUUAUAGUCCUUGCCAUAGCCAAUACCAUGGAUCUGCCUGAGCGUAUGAUGAUGAACCGUAUUGCUAGCAGAUUGGGGCUUACUAGAAAGACUUUUCAACCUUAUAACUUCAGGCAGCUUCAAGAAAUUAUAAUGACUCGUAUCCAAGAGCUGAAAGUAUUUGAUCCUGAUGCAGUGCAGUUAGUGGCUAGAAAAGUAGCUGCUGUAUCAGGAGAUGCUAGGAGAGCUUUAGAUAUUUGUAGAUUUGCCACAGAGGUAACCAAAGUUAAAGUUUCAAAAUCACCGAAGAAAGGUCAAAAAAGUCUUGUUGGAAUGCAAGAUGUUGAUAUUGCUUUGCAACAAAUGUUUUCCUCACCUCUUAUUUCUGCUAUAAAAUCAUCAUCUGUAAUGGCAAAGAUAUUUUUCCGGUGUAUUUUAUCAGAAUUCUCAAGGACUGGUUCGGAAGAAACAACGCUUUUGAAAGUUUAUCAGCAAAUGACUGCUACUUGUAGGUUUGAAGGUUUAACAGCCCCUACCUCUUCUGAAGUAUCCAGCAUCUGUGGCCAGCUUGCUGCAUCUCAUCUAAUUUUAGUGGACAAUUUUCGCAAUGAUCUUCACUUAAAAAUUCGUCUGAAUGUUAGUUCUGAUGAUGUUAAUUAUGCAUUAACAGGAAGAUGAUAAAGAAAAAUUUUAAAUAAUCAUCAAUAAAGUAUCCAGAAGAUACUUGUCCAACAUUUUUAGGAAUAACUUGAAGCAUAAUUUAUGAGCACUUGUUUUUAAACAUGAAACAUUUAUGAGCUUUUAAAACCAAAAUUGAGGUUAUAAAUUGCUAAUUGUCUAAACCUGAUGCUGGCCUCAAAGGUGUAUGGCAUUUAUGCAUGAAAGUUGUAC